AUGUCAGACCCAGGUUUCCCAGAUCACUGGGGCUGGAAGUUCACCAAGAAUAUCCACACCAAACCAGAAGGACCUACCGAUCCAACGAGCAUCAAACUGCAUUCAAACUUCGUUGUCCUGGUCACCGGUGCUGUCAAAGGUGUAGGCUACAACAUUGCCCUCUCCUACGCCAAGGCCGGAGCAAAAGGCAUCGUCAUCGCGUCCCGCACACAGUCUGACCUGGACAAACUUGCCACCGAGCUCGAAACUAUCAACCCGGGCAUCUCCAUUCUCUCCCAAAGAUGCGACACGACGAAGGAUUCCGAUGUCGAACAGCUGGCGAAGGCCACGAAAGACAAGUUUGGCCGCCUGGAUGCCGCCAUCGCCAACGCAGGCAUCAUCUCCAAAUACAUCACCAAAUCCGACGGAAAAGAGUACAUGCCAGUCGGAAUCUUCGAAGACCCCGACCUCCCCCGGGUCAUCGAAACCAACCUGCUUGGUUCCUGGCGCGUGGCGAGAUCUUUCAUCUCCUUGCUCCAAGCCACGCCCGACGGACCGCAGGCGUUCGCGGUGAUCACGAGCGUGGCGAGCCAUAUGACGGAUAGCCAGUUCACGCCAGUGGCGUACGUUCUGAGUAAAAUUGCGAUCAAUCGUAUGGUGGAGUGUAUCAAGAACGAUCAUGAAGGCAUUGGGGCAUUUGCGGUACAUCCUGGUGCGGUCCUGACAGUACAGACGGAGAGGCAUCAUGAGACGCAGUUGGGGAGUGUUUGGACUGAUUUGCUCAUCGAUGACCCCGGCUUGUGUGGCGGCUUCUUGACGUGGUUGACGAAGGAGAAGAAGCCUUGGCUGUCUGAACGGUAUGUUUCGAGUAAUUGGGACGUGGAGGAGUUGGAGGCUAGGAAGGAUGAGAUUGUUGAGAAGGACUUGUUGAUGUUCAGGAUGAAUGUUUGA